AUCGCUCGCCGGUCCCUCGGCCCCUCCAAGUCACCGCGCUCGUGCUCAACUAUUUUUCAUCUCCUUUCCUCCCUGGUCCACAGCAGUUUCCCCUGCUCCACUUCUCCUCCUCGUACUGUCGUACAGAGCGAGCAGAGCAGGCACCGGCGAGGGCGCAUGGCCCGCCGCAAGUUCCGGCUGUCCGACAUGAUCCCCAAUGCCUGGUUCUACAAGCUCCGCGACAUGGGCGCCCACGGGCGCGGCGGCGUCGGGGUGCAUCAUCGGUCCUCCUCGGCCCGGUCCUACCAGCAGCCGCCGUCGGCUCGGGAGUCGUCGGCUCGGUGGAGCGUGGAGGCCGCGCGGCAGCCGCCGUCGUCCCGGUGGCACAGGGAGGUAAGCAACGACGUCCAGCAGCCGGAGGCCGACGUCGAGCCGCCGGCCACGCCGACCAAGGAGUCGCCCCGUGCCCCGCUCCCUCGCAGGGCGUCGUACUACUACUCCACCAGAGACAGGGAGGUCCCGGCGCCGCCGGUUCCGAAGCCGCCCAGGGCCAAGGAAGCGCAGUCGCCGACGAGGAGCGCCAGGAGGCGGCACAAGGUGGACCACGCGCCUGAAGAAAGAGGACCCGCCGGGGGGAAGGAGCCCGUGGUCGGCGCGCUAGGCAGCUCUGGUCGGCGUCGUGACACGUGCAUCAAGAGUGACGGCGGGGAGCCCCGGAGGCCAACGGUGUCAGGCCCGGCGGACGACGGCCGCAACGUCAAGGUGAUCGCGUCGCAGAACGAAAUCAUCAUCGACCUCCUGGGCGAGGACACGCCCGGGAGAAGGCUCCGGCCAAUCGUGACCAAGCCAGCGGCGAGGAGACAGCCUGGGCCGAACAAGCAGGAUGUCACCCGAGCCGACCACGCCGACGCGACCGCGAGAGCGAGCUCUGCCUCCGACAAGAGCAGCGUCAGCAGGCCGAGGCGUUCCUCCGCAUCAUCGUCGGGCCGCCGCCGCCUCAAGACGCUUUCCAAGAGCCCGCGCCUGGCCGCCACCGCCAGGAAAGCGAACCCGCCGUCCCGGAAAUGGGCGGCGCCACCGCCACCGCUGCCGGCGCCGGUGAUCGUGAGCAGCUACCCGGUGGUGAAGAUGUCGGAGGACCCACGGCAGGACUUCCGCGAGUCCAUGGAGGAGAUGAUCAGCGCGAAGCGCAUCCAGGACGCGGAGGACCUGGAGGACCUCCUGGCCUGCUACCUCUCCCUCAACGACGCGGCGCACCAUGACCUCAUAAUCGACGUCUUCGAGCAGAUUUGGGUGAGCCUCGCCGGCGCCAGGCCGUGAAAGAGAGCCGCCGGCCAUGGCAGCUCCGCGGUGCAUUCAGCAAUGGUGGAUCCCAUCCUAUCCUUACCAUUGCUCCCGCAUUAAUCAACUAGAUUAAUUGGCUC